GCAACACGCUGGUUUUACAUGAAGCCAAACAUUCAAAUCAUCAAGAGACUUGAACUUCCUGUUUUGUGUCUGGCGUGCUACUCCUCCCUCUCUGCUCUUCCUGAACACUCAAAAGCAGCUGAAAGGAGCUUUCCGUAAAACCUGCCGAGCGAGGCGAGUUCGCACCGUGGCUGCAGACCCGCGUGCUGAAGGUGACGACGCGACACUCUGGCUCUCGCUAUGACAGAAGCGUCUCGGGCGUGACCAUGUCUUCCAAGCUGCCCGAAGAGGAUCUGUCAUGUCCUGUCUGCUGUGACAUCUUCACUGAUCCUGUCCUGCUCCCGUGCAGCCACAGCUUCUGCCGGUCCUGCCUGCAGAACUUCUGGGAUAGCUCAGUUUUCCGGACCUGUCCAAUUUGCCGGAGGAGAACCUCGAGAAAGCAGCCUCCCAGCAACCUGGCUUUGAGGAACCUGUGCGAGGCCUUCGUGCAGACCCAGAACUUGAGAUGCGAGAAGGAGAAGAAGGCGGCAUGCCCACAGCACGGCGAACAGCUGAAGCUCUUCUGUGUGGACGACCAGCAGCCCAUCUGUGUGGUGUGCCAAGCCUCGAGAAUGCACAAGGGUCACGAGUGCGCUCCCACAGACGAGGCCGCUCUGGACUGUAAGGAGAAGCUCGAUUCAGCUCUGAAGACACUGAAAGACAAGCUGGACGUCGUGAUGAAACUCAAAAUCACUUCAGCUAUGACACUCGAGCACAUCCAGAGUCAGGCCCAACUAAUAGAGCACCGAAUGAAACAUCAGUUCAUGAAGCUUCACCAGUUCCUGCGUGAGGAAGAGGAGGCUCGGCUCUCCGCGCUCAAGGAGGAAGAGAUGAAGAAAGUCCUGGCUGUAAAGAAAAAAGACGAAGAGCUGAUAAACAGGAUCUCAUCUCUCUCAGACAUCAUCAGUCUCAUGGAGCAGGAGAUCGGCGCUGACGAUCUGACGCUGCUGCAGAACUUCAGAUCUGCCAUGGAGAGAUCUCAGAGCUCUGCACUAAAUCCAGCAGGGUUUCAUGGGGCAUUAAUAGACGAAGCUAAAUACUUAAGUAACCUGAAGUUCAGGGUCUGGGAGAAGAUGCAGGAAGUUGCUCCUUACUCUCCUGUGACUCUGGACCCGAACACAGUGCACCCAUGUCUCAGGCUGUCCGAAGACCUUAGCAGUGUCCAUUACAGCAGCUCGGGUCGUCCUCUUCCCACCAAUCCCGAGCGCUUCUGCGUCAGUGCCGAGGUCCUCGGCUCCACGACCAUCAGCUCCGGCACGCACGCCUGGGAGGUGGACCUGGGAGAGAGCGAUGACUGGAUCCUGGGUGUGGCCAGCAUGUCCGUUAAGAGGGACCUGGAGGUCCCGGCGCGCCCGGAGAACGGGUUCUGGACUCUGUGCAUGCGGGAUGGCGAGUACAAAGCCAUGGAGUCCCCUGUAAGGACGCUGAAGGUGGACAAGAAGCUGGAGAGAGUGAGAGUGGAGGUGGACUGGGACGCAGGGGAGGUGUGUUUCUCUUGUCCUGAGGACGGAAAAGUGUUGCAUAAGUUCACACAGGCGUUCACGGACAGGGUGGUGCCGUAUUUCUACACGCAGAGUAAAAGGCCUCUGAGGAUUGUACCACAGCUGGUGAUGAUUUCAAUAAAGAUGAAGUGAGAUGGAAUAUGGAAUAAAUGUGUAGCUUGUGCUCGGUGCACUGAUACGAGAGACUUGAGAAGAAGGUUCAGAGUAGAAAAGCUGCCAGUGUUCAGCGAAUGAAUCAGACAAUAGAGUAAAAAAUUUAACUCUCCUGACCUGGGAGCGGAGUUUCCUUCUUCCUGUUUACAUCCUGUGGCACGUUCUCAAUAUCCUAUGAACCAGUGGCACUGAAAAAUUUAAAUUAACCCUAAAACACAAUGAAGGGAUUUAGAUUUUGUAUGUAAAUGAGACCACAGUGGCUUAUAAAUGAUACGUGUCGUCUGAUGCUCAUUUGCAUAUUAGUAUCUGAUUGGACCUUGAAUUUUAUUAUGUAAAAUGCGCUAAGACAUUAUAUUUAGCAUCCUCUUGAAUUCAGUUUCUGGAAGUAUGAGCUCACUUGUCUUCAGGAAACACUUUAUCCUGGUCAGGGUCCGGAGUCGUUCCCGGGAACACCGGAUGUGAGACAGGAAUGCUCCUGGGAUGAGACACCGGUCUGUUGCCGAGCAUCGUUCACUCUCAUUAACACCAAGAGCCAAUCUAGAGACACCUACACAUGGGUUUUUGGAAUGUGGAAGGAAACCGCAGUAAUAAUAAUAAUAAUAAUAAUAAUAAUAAUAACAAUAAUAAUAAUAAUAAUAAUGUGAGCAUCGAGGAGCUUGAAUUUUUCUGUAUAAAUAUAUUUAAUAGAUUGACUGAUAAUUAUGAUCCUCACUUCUCCAAAAAGUCCUCACUUCCCCCAAAUGAUCCUCACUUCUCCAAAAAGUCCUCACUUCCCCCAACUGGUCCUCACUUUUACAAAAAAGUCCUCACUUCUCCAAAAAGUCCUCACUUCCCCCAACUGGUCCUCACUUUUACAAAAAAGUCCUCACUUCUCCAAAAAGUCCUCACUUCUCCAAAAAAGAUCUCACUUCUCCCAAAUGAUCCUCACUUUUACAAAAAAGUCCUCACUUCUCCAAAAAAGAUCUCACUUCCCCCAAAUGAUCCUCACUUUUACAAAAAAGUCCUCACUUCUCCAAAAAAGAUCUCACUUCCCCCAAAUGAUCCUCACUUCUCCAAAAAGUCCUCAUUUUUCUAAAAAAAAAGUCCUCACUUCCCCCAGAUGGUCCUUACUUCUCCAAAAAAAGUUCUUACUUCCCCCAACUGGUCCUCACUUUUACAAAAAAAGUCCUCACUUCUCCAAAAAGUCCCCACUUCUCCAAAAGUCCUCACUUCUCCAAAAAAGAUCUCACUUCCACCAAAUGAUCCUCACUUCUCCAAAAAGUCCUCACUUUUCUAAAAAAAAAAAAAAAGUCCUCACUUCCCCAAAUGGUCCUCACUUUUACAAAACAGUCCUCACUUCCCUCAAAUGGUCCUUACUUCUCUAAAAAAUGUUCUUCCUUCCCCCAACUGGUCCUCACCUUUACAAAAAAGUCCUCACUUCUCCAAAUGGAUCUCACAUCCCCCCAAAAAGUCCUCACUUCUCCAAAUGGAUCUCACAUCCCCCCAAAAAGUCCUCACUUCUCCAAAAAAGUCCUCACUUCCCCCAAAUGAUACUCACUUCUCCAAAAAGUCCUCAAUUCUCUCUAAAAAAAGUCUUCACUUCCCCAAAUGGUCCUCACGUUUACAAAAAAGUCCUCAAUACCCCCAAAUGGUCCUCACUUCUCCAAAAAAGUCCUCACUUUUCUUAAAAAACAAAAAAGUCCUCACUUCUCCAAAAAGUCCUCACUUCUGCAAAAAAAGUCCUCACUUCCCCCAAAUGAUCCUCACUUCUCCAAAAAGUCCUCACUUUUCUAAAAAAAAGUCCUCAUUUCCCCAAAAAAGUCCUCACUUCCCCCAAAUGAUCCUCACUUCUCCAAAAAGUCCUCACUUCCCCCAAAUGAUCCUCACUUCUCCAAAAAGUCCUCAAUUCUCUAAAAAAAAGUCCUCACUUCUCCAAAUGGUCCUCACUCCCCCCAAAUGGUCCUUACUUCUCCAAAAAAGUCCUCACUACCCCCAAAUGGUCCUCACUUCUCCAAGAAGUCUUCACUUCUCCUAAAUGGCCCUCACUUUCCACAAAUGGUCCUCACUUCUCCAAGAAGUCUUCACUUCUCCUAAAUGGCCCUCACUUUCCACAAAUGGUCCUCACUUCUCCAAAAAGUCCUCACUUCCCCCAAAUGAUACUCACUUCUCCAAAAAGUCCUCAAUUCUCUCUAAAAAAAGUCCUCACUUCCCACAAAUGGUCCUUACUUCUCCAAAAAAAGUUCUUACUUCCCCCAACUGGUCCUCACUUUUACAAAAAAAGUCCUCACUUCUCCAAGAAGUCCCCACUUCUCCAAAAGUCCUCACUUCUCCAAAAAAGAUCUCACUUCCACCAAAUGAUCCUCACUUCUCCAAAAAGUCCUCACUUUUCUAAAAAAAAAAAAAGUCCUCACUUCCUCAAAUGGUCCUCACUUUUACAAAACAGUCCUCACUUCCCUCAAAUGGUCCUUACUUCUCUAAAAAAUGUUCUUCCUUCCCCCAACUGGUCCUCACCUUUACAAAAAAGUCCUCACUUCUCCAAAUGGAUCUCACAUCCCCCCAAAAAGUCCUCACUUCUCCAAAUGGAUCUCACAUCCCCCCAAAAAGUCCUCACUUCUCCAAAUGGAUCUCACAUCCCCCCAAAAAGUCCUCACUUCUCCAAAAAGUCCUCAAUUCUCUCUAAAAAAAAGUCUUCACUUCCCCAAAUGGUCCUCACUUCUCCAAAAAAGUCCUCACUUUUCUUAAAAAACAAAAAAGUCCUCACUUCUCCAAAAAGUCCUCACUUCUGCAAAAAAAGUCCUCACUUCCCCCAAAUGAUCCUCACUUCUCCAAAAAGUCCUCACUUUUCUAAAAAAAGUCCUCACUUCCCCAAA